AUGAAGACUUCGACGUUUCAGAGCAAUCGUCGCUCAGUUGCUGAGGAGUGUGGAGUGUUGGCUGAGUGCUUGCAAGGCCCAGCUGUGGCCUUGCAGAGCACAGACACCACCCAGACCUCGCAAGACUUCAGCUGCUCUGAGCAACAUCAGUUGCAUUACCUGAGAAAGUACCUCAGGCACAUAGCUGAAAGCCUGAGUUUCUCCAAGGAUGUACUGGAGCAACGAGGACUGUCCUAUAAGGAGUACAACUUCAAACACCUCUAUGAUCCUUCUGAUAUCAUUCAAAAGUCCAAAAAUGAAAAGCCCAUUGCUGUGGACUUCAAGCGCUCAGCCAGACCCCACCCUCAGAAGCAACUACUUUUCCCUAAGAAAAAUGCUGGACUUUUCCCAAAGCUCAGGAAGGAGGACAGCCUGUGGGGCUCCAAAGCAGAAACCUUGCCCAGAAGGGUUUUACCACCUGUUCCUUCUUGUAGGACCCCAGGCGCGCAGGCAUCCCCAACAAAGCCUUGUGACAAGUUAUCUGGCUCUCUGACAAGAAGACAGAAAAAGUGGGUCUCUGAGAAGAACACCCCAGGAUCAGAGAUGACGACCCAGGAAAUGGAGAAAAUAGGACUGGAGAAACUGGGCAGGACAGCACCCCAAUGGACUGUGGAUCAGCAGAGACCCAGGAGUGACUCUGUUCCAUGUAAACCUGUUGACGGUGAAAAACAGAAGUGGAAUGCAGUCAGGGAUGAGCUUUCUUCCGAUGGAGAUUUGAAAAUAUUGGAUAAUGCUCAGGGCGAAGAAAAUGACAUGGGAAUCAUAUCCCAGACACAAGCUGAGAAGACUCCUGGAGCAGUCUUCCCCACCUCCAGCAGUGGGCCACCUGCUUAUUACCCAAGAGCGCUGUCAACUGAUAACCCUGCCAAUAAAAAUGUUACAGCUGAUGACACAGAAAGAACUUCUCUGAACCCAGAAUCUUCUGCACAGAGAUAUUUCAUUUCCCGUGUUGGGAAAUACACCUACACCCCCAGGAAUGCUUUUGAGCGGGAGCUUUACUUUGGUAAGAUCAGAGACCUCUUUUACAGAGAAGCUCUUCAAGUAGAAUGUGUUCCUCCGUACGCAGGGACUGCAAGGAUUGUUCAUCAGGUGGAUGAAGGGAUGAAGGACUUUUUCAUCCUGGAGAACCAUGACCAAUACUGCAAACAUCUCCAGCAGCCCUUCCCAAGGCAACCUGAGUGCUGGGGUUGCAAGCCACAGAGGAGGGCAGCACAGAGACCCAAGAAAGGAGCCUUUCGAUGGAUUGCUCUCCCCACUUUAACUCCUUAUUUUGUGCAAAGUGAUGAGGAGUCACCUCCUACCAAGGCCAAGGAAGUACAAAAGGAGUUCAAGCAGCCUAUUAAAGAAGUGUCUUGGGAAACACAAGUCCUCAGAGCUACACUGGAGCAGUGGAAGGAUGCCUGGGACCUGCAUCCCCAAUGGCGAAAUGCGACAAGAGAAGGUUUAAGGAAGUCUCUCACAAGUGUACAUGACAUCAGUAGAAUCAAGGCUCUCAUAGCUUGUGCAUCUGCGGCAGUCGAACAACAUGGAUGGAAAACCAAUCCUCAAAAGCUCAGUGAGAGAAGCUCUGACUUGCAGGCUGCUGAUCUGCAUGUGGGUAUUUCUCCAGCGGCAGUAACAGAGAGCUCUGAGAAGUGCUCAGUAACCCAGGAGGUGCUUGCAGAACUAGAGCCAUUACUUAGUGAGGCUCUGCGGGACAAGAACACCCACGUGAGAACAGCAUCUGCACUGUGUCACUACGCUCUUGGGAGAAGGAGUGAGGAAGCACAAGCAGUCAUGAAAGAUGCUCUGGAACAUGGCAAUUCUGCAGACAGCUGGGCAGCGGCGCAGUGCCUGGCUCUGGAGAGCACCGUCACCGUGCCCGUGGUGGCAAAACUCCUUUCCCAGCUCUUUGAGAAGAGCGAUGCAACGGCCGAGGAGCAGGCCUGCCUGCUGCUAGCCCAUCUCGGGGAGCGCACGGACUUAAUGGAGAAGCUUUCCCAGCUGAUGUGGGAGGACUGGAACGGACGAGUACGCCAGGCAGCUACUCUGGCACUGGGGCACAUGGAGCUAGCAAAGGAGAUCCAUGAUUCACUCAGGGAGAAGCUGGACACCGGGAGCUGCCAGACAAAGGUGCAAGCUCUCUCUCUGAUUAGGCAGCUGCACUACAUGACAGACAAGUUAUUUCCAGGCUUCCUGCAGUGCUUCUCCAGUGACUUUGUUGCAGUGCGGAAGGAAGCGUGUCUUACAGCAGGAGCACUUGGCAUUAAAGAUGACCAGGUCUUUCAAUGUCUCUGUGAAAUGAUGCAGUACGAUCCUCAUUGGAUAAUCAAGGUUUUUGCCAUCAGAG